UCGCAUGCGCCUUGCUCUCUUGGCAACCGCUGUACUAAGAAGAGUGCGUGCGUUCUCUUAGUAGGCGUACAGCCAGUCUCACAUUCUACGAACGUCGCGCAACCGAAGAGGACGCCAACUCGCAGCCAGCCAGGACAGCGCUAGAAGAGUGAAAGCAACCUUAUCCCCGGGGCGGUCCAUGCCACCAGCAACCAAGAUAUUACGAGGUGUUAUCGCACACACCUGCGUCUCAGAAUGUGUGCUUGAAGUGCUUCCAUUUUGUGGCCAGCGUUAGCAAACAUCACCGUGCUGCUUUUGUUGAGUGAAGCGGUGGCACUUGAAACAAGUCGUCCUCAGAGUAUCAGUAGCCUGCGGUAGUGGCCUGGUCCCAGCGGUUUGUGAGUGCCUGUGUGUGUGUGUUACGAAAUGCGAAUAAUGGCUUGACAGAUGCGAGAAGAAGCCCCCCAAAAAUCGUUCCCUGUCUCGGCUACGUCACUUCCGUCAUCGUUAUCGCGCCCGUGUCGCCCAUGUCCGUUAUUGGUUCGUGCGUAAAUCUAACAUCUUUUCGAGUGCCAAAACACGGCCCUUCGGUACACAAUGCGUAGGUAGAAAGAGGCACAGUGUGUAAGUGUGGCUGUCAAUCGCCGUUAGUGUGCUUCCCUUUAUAUCACGCGCACACCGUUCCCUUCGAAGAAAAGGGGGUGUGUUUUUGUAAAGUGCAAAUUUUUUCCCAUCCUCGCUGUAUGUGGACGGGCUUGUGUGUGGGUGUGUGUUUGUGUGUGUGUGUGAGCAACGGUGAGCCUCGAACGCAGUAGCCGUGAGAUGUGAGAGCGUGAGAUUGAGUCGCAUAGAAGCGCACGUGUUUGUGUGUGUGUGGAGAAAAUGCAAUCACAUCGUCAAAGCAAACACGUCUUCCGAAGGGAGCAUAUGGAAUGAUGCUGUGUGCAGGAAUCAUAGUAACGCGACGCCUUUAUGAACAGCUUGACCGCUGUUCGGCUUCCAACUGGCGUUGCUACCACCAAGGCUGUGAGGACAACCGCCGGCCAUUCGUGAACGUGUAGUGUGCGUGUGUGUCUUUGCGGUGUAACGAAUCUUUGCAGAGGAGCUCUCUAUCCACCGAUCAACAAACACGCUCCUGCUAAAGUCUGUCGUCAAACGGAUGUACAGAGGACACUGCUGGAAUGUUCACUACUCGUACGGCUGAGACGACCAACACUGGGCCAUAGUGUGUAUCCGACGGGAGCAAACAUCUUCACAACAGCAACUUCGGGUUUGCAACAGCCAGCCACGGUAAGAAAGUCGUCGGAAACAUCAGAAGACGGCAUCAAAAUGAGGAUGGAUGUGUUUCGAUGGUUGCCCGGUGCCUGCGGAAGCCUUGGGCCGGCCCUUAUUCCACCGGCCCACAUUGCCGUGCUGUGGUACUUCUGGCAGAACUACUCCCGGUUCGUCGACAAGCGCUUCUGUUCCUGCUCCUGCUGGGAUACUGUUUUCAAGGGAACGUACGAAUCGGGCAUCGCUUCCUACAAGCACAUGUACUUCAAUGCGACCCAAAACACGAUGAAGAUGUGGCUGCUGAUCGUGGUCGGUGUGAUCGCACUGUACGAGUGCACGAAGCAUUUGGUCCAGCUGCUGCUACAGUGCAAGGUGCGCUACACGAUGAUUGUGCUGUUUCUGCUGUCCAUCUUUUCGCACUAUUACGCGUGGUGGGCGUAUCUCAACUACUACAACGACGAGUACUACCACCAGUGGAACCAUCAGUUGUUCUUUACCAUUACCGAGCUCAUAUCAACCAGUGUCGUGCUGCAUUUAGCAAACGUAGAAAGCCAGGUGACGGCCCGUAAAACGCUUAGCAUCGUCGGCAUAGCGCUACUACACAUCCUGGCCAGCGGUGUCGACCAGUUCAUAUCAAACGUGUUUCGUGGGGAAGGAUAUCCCCAUCAGGUCGUGCGGGAUCUUGGCUUCAUGAUACCGGACGUGAUGCAUCUGCUGCUUCCACUGUGGCUGCUACGCCAAACACGCCUGGAGAGCUUCAGCACGCGACCGUUCUACCGUGACCGUAACUUGCGCCGGGACGUGGUGCUGAUGUUCUUCGUCGUUACAGUAUUAUUCACGAUCUGUUCGUUUCUCUAGAAGGAGGAGAAAAGUGGAGCCCAGGAGGCGUAGGCGGUUGUCGGACUAAGUAGCGAAUGUUCUUCCCACCAUACCAAGCGCGCGCGCGCGCGCUAUUUUAUCACCCACUAGUCAUUGCACAGUCACACGUCACUUAUCAACGAACCACCGUCCUCGAGAUAAGGAAACUUUAAGCCAAAUCAAAAUCAAAAUCGUAAUCAACCCCCGUAACCGAACCCCGCUGCUGACGAAGGGACAGAGGAAGAUCGAUCGAACCGAACACAGACAGCCGGGCAGAGGCGAAUUGUUGUUUUAAUGGCUUUUUCGAUUUUGCGAUCGCCCGCCGCCACCAUCAUUAAGCUCAAUUCGUGCGGCGCAAACGCUGCUCCUGCACACAGCAAACAGGCUUCCAAGGCAUAGGCAUCGCGGGUCAAGGGAACACAUAUCCAGCAAAAGAAGACAAAAAGAAAAAAGGACAGCGCGCAGUAGAAGCAGUAGCGGUAGUAGUAGGAAAAGCGGUAAUCAAACAAGCACACAUCAUCAUCAUGUGGAAACUCUUAUCAGUAGGGCACAUUGGAAUGCAGCAAGCAGCAGAUUAGAGUGCGCUUGUUUUUGCGUGGAAGCGAUGGAAAAACAAGGCUGAAUUUUAGUGCGUCAAUGCGCGGGCCUAGUGUCCCGCGUGUGAGCUUUUAAUGUGCCGCCGCCGACGCCACUUGUUGCUCCAGUUAUGCCAUAUCAGAGCGUGUGUUUGUUGGGCGUUUUUAUUCGUUUUCGGUGGCCGCUGCAUCUCAGCUAGCCCGUUGCGAGCUGUGCGUAGUUUGGCCGUGCGUAUUGCAUGCAUUUAGGGGAGCUGCGAUGCAAAGAGCAGUUUGCAGCUAGGACAGUUAUGGCUUGUUUUACUUAACAAGACUGUUGCGUGUUGGAAGCGAUAGAGAGGGAGAGCGAGCGAGAGAGGGAGAAGCGUACGAUCAAGCCGAACGGCGGCCAGUUUUAGUAUAAACGAUAGUGGAAGUAGUGCAACUCAUCCAAUAAUAGCGAGGGACAGCUACGGGAAGGGGGAAGCAGCUCGUGCUGAAACCAAAGGGCGACGCUAAAUCGUACUAGAAUGUAGACAAUAAAUAAAAGAAAAUACAAGAAGAUUUAUAAAAGUAAGUAAUAAGUUAGGACAACCCCGUUAGGAAAAACAACCAAACCAACUACCGCCUACAGUUAAUCGCAGAUAUAAGGGAAUUAAAGGGAACUUUAGGGAGCAGCCGGAGUAGGAGUAGUGUAGUGAGGAGAGAAUAACAGAAGAAAGGAAACAGAACCCACGUUUAGAUUAGCCCACGAGAUUAGCCCGUUAGAAAAGAAGGCAAAAACCAGAGGAAAAAAGAUGUAUAAAAACGUAUAUAUAUAUAUUUAUUAUUAUUAUUUAUACACCACUUCCAGGACAAGUUAAAUGAGGCUCUAAAGUAUGCAAGGGAGAAAGGAAUUCUAAAAAGCAAAAGGUCGGCAGAGUAUCGUUGAGUAGCGGCUAUUCACUUUAAAAGUAGAAGCGCGGAGUAAUCAAUCUGAAACCGGUAGGAAACAAUAAGAUGACCACCAAACAUGCUAGAAGAGAUGAAUAAGCUAUCAAAGUAGCCAUGAAAUUGAAAGUGCUGUAAACGAUUGCAUACAUUUAGGCGGGUUUAUGUUUUUUUUAUUUACAGGCGCCUAAAGUUAUGCAACGCGCGUAAGAAUGUAAAUUCAUGUUGGUAUUUUUGGCAUCUUAUGCAUCUCUUCUAUGUGUUCCUGUGUGUGUGAGAGAGAAAGAGAGAGAGAGGGAGAGAGAGAAGAAAAAAAAAGCGAGAAACCCGAUCGUAAUCGUUAACGUACUUCCUUGCUUACGUUGUUUUUACUUCUACUAUGUUCUGUUCGUGUGAUAAAGGUGUAUUAGUAGGACUCACGUACAUAUACAUAAUGCAACCAACUUAUUAUUAAACAAAAACCGAAUGUGAAAAUUUAAAAGAAAUUGUAGGAAAACCGAUGGGGGGAAAAUGGGUGCAAUGUAGGAGGAGGAAUCGUUUGAAUAGUUCGUAGGCAAUAAUAAAACAAAAACUGGCGAAUGCGUUUUUCCUUUUGUUACCCAGGGAAAGUCGGUUGGUGUGUUAUCCCGGACCGGAAAAAUUCACCCUCCCAAAUUGUUGUUACUUUACGCGAGAACAGUCAAAGAAAAACGAGUUGUAAAAGUAUUUAUUUUAGUUGUGGUAGUGAAAGCACACUCCCAGUUUCAUUUUUUGUACCAUCUCGAAUAAACCACGGAAGCCCGAAACAGUUGGCGGAAAAAAUAA